CGUAGUAGUAAUUAGUAAUAGUAGUAGUAGUAGUAGUAGCUCCUGCAGAAGCGCAUCAUGUACACGAUCUCAGAGCUCGGGGCGAGAUGAUCUUGCCUCUCCAGUGACCGCCCCGAUGUGCUGCAGUGCAAUGAGCAGCGGAGGCGGUCUGAGUGCAUCUGGGCGUGGGUGCAGUGCGCGAUCCCCAGCGAGGUAUGUGCAUGUUCUCUUUGUGUGCAAGGCAUGCCGGGGGACAUUCAUCUUGUGCAGUCUAGCACUCGUAGUAGCUGAGCAGGACGUCAGCCAGCCAGCAUGCCAGCGAAAGGACAGCGCUGCCAGUUGCCCAACCUUUGGCUGUCCUGGCGUGGCUGCCGAUAUUGGCUGGCAUUUGAUGGGUGGGCGUGCUUGUGUGUUUGCAUAAAUAGGGUUAGAAGGACGCCGCCUUUUGUUUCCCCACCCCCUCCUCUUUCUGUUGUGCGGGUUGGUUAGUGAGCCAGUCAACCACCGAGCGUGCGUGUGAAAAGCGACAGGGUGCGGAAUGGGGUGAAGUUGAAUAGCUCGUUCCGCCCUGCCGGGCCCGUGCAAAGCC